AAUUACCGUUGACUUCACUCCGAUCAUUCCAGACCACCACGCGCACCAGCAGCCUCCGUCUCUGCUGACUCAGUGCCUUACCAGCAGGUCCUCCACCCUGAGACACAGCAUCCACCGACCGGUAAACCCGCAGCUACAGCACCGCACAGAAAUGGCCAAGACCGCGAUCGCCUACAAGGAGAAGAUGAAGGAGAUCUCCGUCCUGUCACUCAUCUGCUCCUGUCUGUACCCCGAGGCCCGCAAAAACAUCAUGGGUGAAUUUGAAGACAUGGAUAUCAAACCCAUCAACAAAAGAGCCUCAGGUCAGGCCUUUGAGGUCAUCCUGAAGCCGCCGUCCCCCGUGUCCGAGGUGUCCCACUGCAUCACCAGCCCACCCAAGAGGGACAUUUCCCUGGAGGACAUCCAGAAGAAGCUGGAGGCAGCUGAGGACCGGAGGAGAUCCCAGGAGGCCGGGAUUCUCAGGAUCCUGGCUGAGAAACGGGAGCACGAGCGCGACGUGCUGCUGAAGGCCAUGGAGAACCACAGCAACUACAGCCGCUUGGCCGAGGAGAAGCUCCAGAUGAAGAUGGAGCAGAACGAGGAGAACCGGAUGGCUUACCUGGCCGCCCUGAUGGAGCGUCUCCAGGAGAGGGAGAAGCACGCUCAGGAGGUGCGCAGGAACAAGGAGUUGAGAGAAGAGUUGACAGCAUGAGAAACACGACCCUCCUAAACCCCCCCUCCCACCCCUGACCCUGAGGAACACCGACACCCCCCCUCCCUCUCCGCCAACCUAUCCCAUGAUUCCCCUCUUUCCUCCGUCUCCUUCCAUUCUUGUCAUAAUACUAUGAAUUUACCACAGCCUGAGAAUUUACCACCAGAGAAAUUGGAAGGUCCAAAGGUGUUGGGGGUGUAAAAAAAAACAACGACAAAAAAAGGCAAAAAUUCAUUAAAAAAAGGAAAAUUAAUGUUUCCACCCACUCCUCAAAAAAGAAUGUUUUUGCUCUGUUUAAAUAACAAACCGUGAUCAGAUUGACCAGUGAUGACAGUGGGUAUUGGUUUCUGUAAAUACUUCUUUUUUUGUUAUAUACAGUAUGAUACAAGCAGCAGAAGUAUUGAUUGCAGUGUGCCAUUUUUAUAUGAGUUCCUUCUCUCUGCGUAUUCUGUGUAUGGAUGUAAUGAGUUUUCAUUUCCAUGUUUCUUUUUAUUUGUUUUGUUUUUUGGUCCAUUUCAGCCUGAGAAUGUUUUUUUUUUUUUUUUCUGUUUUCUCUCGUGUGGUGACAGGCUUGUAGAUGUUUGUUGUGAGUUCGACAGCUAGUUGAUGUCUGCUGCGGCCGGUGCCGUCUUCACCAGGCCUCACAUCCUGCCUCCUUUCCCUUAGUCCCAUCUGGACCACAAAUCUAGGUACCUAGAUCUGAGGUACCUAGAUCGGCUCUGUUCCAGUCACUACUAAAAUAAAGGAGACAGUUUGUGUUUCUGUGAGGACUGUAAUCUGCCGCUGCACAUCCACUCCUGUGAGGUAGAUGGCGACUGCGCAACAGGAGAACACUAUAGCAUUUAAACCCCGUCCUCAUCCUCUUUACCUCCAUCCCUCCACAUACAUGUAUCUGUACUGUAGAAGCACUCACUCACACGCUUUCCAAAUGGGCAAGGGAUUCAACCAAUCACAGCACAGUGACAUUAACUGUUCAUACAUCACCAAAAAGGACAAGAAUAGCAUCACUGACCAAUAGCAGCCCUCCUAUUAUCUCCGGCUAGCAAGCUUCCAAUCACAUUUACAGUAAUAGACAAUACAGCAGAAGUUAAAUGCAUCAUAGAAACACAAAGAGUAAAAAAAAAACAAAAAAUUCACCUCAGAUCAGACUUGUUACUGUGAAUAUUCUACUAAAUACAACUAGAGUAGUGCUCGGCAU